AUGGAACAUCGCUUUCCCAAGUUCCAGUAUAAGUGGUCGGAGUAUAAUGUUGGUCUCCUCGAGCAAAAAGAAAUCUGGUCAGAUUUAAAGAAAAUUUGUGCAUCAUCAAGUGGUUAUCUUGCAAGCUUCACAACUGUCGAUGAAUUUGACGCCGUACUCGAUUACAUAAGAAAUAAUUACCCAGGCGGAAUGUAUGUGAUCGGCUUAUCUCGGCAGGCGGAUUUGGAUCGGAAUGUUGAUGCAAACUGGAAGUGGGAAACAGGAGAGGAGUUUCAUUCUUCUAUUCAAUGGGGAGGUCGAGAUCCUGACUUAAACAGUUCCACACAAUGUGCGACUAGGAUCGCAACAAUCACUGGUUUACUCUUUGAUAUUCCUGCUACCACUCUAAAUCCCGCUUUCAGAUCGAAAGGAUACAUUUGUGAAUAUAAUUCACUGUAUUUUCAAUCUUUGAAGAAUCGUGGAGUCACUAUGGAUGCUUCGUACAUGCGAUGUGCGCUGCGGUGUCUGCGACAGACCGAGUGCCAGGGAUUUCAUGUCAAUGAUGCUGGAUGUCAGAUUGAGAAGGAGAUAAAUGAUGACUCUAAAGGUCAUUAUGCGAAAAAGGAGGGAAUAAUUGGGUAGUAUUUGGAAUUAGUAUUCUACCCAAUCAGAUUUUACUUUUCAUAUUUUUAUUAAUUUCUAUCAAAAAUACCAGUCUUGGUUAAAUUGUACCUUAUAUCAAGUGGGCCUCUGCUUUAUAUCAUGUAUUCAGUUUUCAUUUUAAGACAAUUGAAUUUCAACCUUACUGAACAUCAUCAUGACAUGGUGUGCUAGUGUUUUUUUAAUAUAAGUGACUGGGUCUAAAGAGAGAAAUAAAUGAAAUAUUUUAGCAAACAUUGUUUUGGCUUGGCUGAAAAUACAAUGAAAUACAAAAUGAAUUUAUCACAUACAAUUAAACAAUGUAAACUGAAAUAUGUCAAAUUCAAGUCAAUUUUCAACAAAGGAAAUUUAACUGAUUAUUAAAACGGGGGAGGAAAAAUAUCCUACUGUUAUAAACUUUAACAUUUUAGUUUACAGUUUUUUGUUUUAUAGAUUA